AUCUCUUGCUCUAGGCUAAAGAACCCUUGUUGUUACUUGAGAGUUGAGAGUUCUGAAGAAGUAUAAAGACUCCUACAAAACAGGCAAGAGAGAGUAGCAAUUUCUUUCCCUCGCUUCUGCAACUUCAAUUGCAGUAUAUCUCCAUAAUUUAUAGUUUCAUACCCACCUUAACUCUCGUCAACUUCAUUUCCAUUGUUUUCUCAUCAGGUUUUAGUGCUCUCUUUUUCAUAUCUAAUUAAGAGGAGCAGAAGACAAACAUGGAUGUCGAUUCGCAGGAAAUGAUGGAGGAAACCAUUUUGGUUGGUGACGAUUUAAUGACGGGACCUCCAUCACCUCUCAUCCCCCCAGAAAUUGCUCCGCAUGUGCUUGAAGGCGUCAACUUGUGUGAUGGGUUGCUGAGGAGUUUAUAUUUGUGUUUACAGAUUCAUGAUAUUGAGCCAUUCUGUCAAGAUGAGAUUGCUUUGUACCGACAGUGUGUAGAAAGAAGAGACAAGGAAAUCAGACAAAGGCUUCAAGAGAGUGAACACAAACUAGGAUUGUCGAUGCCCCUUGAUCAAGCCAAGGAAAGAGCUGUUCUACUGGAAUCAGAAGUCACGAAACUGGAAAGGCGUUUGAUUCUUGCCAGUGGAACUGAAGGCGUUGAAGGAUUUCGCCAAAGAUGGAGUUUACAUGGGAGUCUCACAGACAUGAGGAAUAGGUUAGAGUCUUUGAAGCAGGGACUGGAAAAGAGAAAACCUGAUGAGCCAGUUGAAACUCCAUCAACCAGAAGAUGGUUUUUCUGGACAAAGUAGACUGAAGAAGCGAGACGGGACUCUUUAAGAUCACUGCAAGGAUACAUCACCAUGAGAAGCAGUCGAAACUGGAGUCGCACAGAUAUAUUUGGAGCUUAAUUUAUGAAGUCUAUUUUUCCUUUUCUUUAAGUUUAUUGUGAUAUUCUAAAACCAGUGCAUCAUAUAAUACCUGCCAGGUUAUAUUUUUAUUUAACCUAAGGAUAAAACCUAACUGAUACAUUUUGGUGUAGUUUUAGACACUCAGUUAUACUUCUAUGUAACAGUCAAUAAUAAACUAACUAGAUUUUGGGCUCGGGCGAUGCCCCGAAGGCCGAGUCAUCACUUGAAUAAUUGUAA